GACUAAAAUUUUUGUUUGUAUCGUUCGUUUUUGGCUGCGUGUGGUAAUUUGAAUCUUAUUUUCCGUGUUUUCGUUAAGUUUUCCGGGAUUAAUUGAUUGAAACUCGUUAAAUGGCCGGAGUCCUACCGAACACCGUGUGUGAGAAUUGAACGAGUGUACACAGUUUUAAACCAUCAAGGGAGAUAAACAACCGAGAACAGUCUUUAAUUGUUUCCCUAUUAUUGUUAUAAAUUGGGAUAGAUAACGAGAUAAGAUGCGGCUGUUUGGAUUUUGGAGAAACCGUGGACGAUAUAAGAUUGGAGACAACACAUUAACUCAACCUCAAAAGGGAGAAGCUGUUUUAGCCUUAGAAACUCAUCCUCCACCUGUUCGAUUAACUCGUCAUCGCAAAUUCGACACAAUCCGCAGAAAUAAUGUUAAAGAGAUGAACAGGCUGCGAACGACAUUUAAAAGAUCGAGGACACCAACAGGCGCAGAAAUGAAGACUCAAAGCAGCCUUGAAGUGCCCAAACAGGUCCGUUCGGCUUCUUUCGAUGAGAUCCAAUUGGAGGCGAAACGUCAACAACAACAACAAUCAUCCGAUUUGGGUCCAAAUUCUCUCCUAAGAGUCCCUCAAACGCAACAAAGAUCUCGAAGUGUCGAUUCUGGUGGAAGUGAAGAAUCCACAACAAAUUUUUUGGAAGUCCCCAAACGGUUUCAACGGCGAAGAUCUUCGACGAAAGUCAGUUGUGUCCAUUGUGUUUGUCUCGAAGAGUACAAUAAGCUUCACGCUGCGGAUGAGAUCCCACCGGAACCUCCGGAUUAUUACGCAAAUUUUAGCGAUACUUCAUCGAGUGAACUAGAAAUUGAUGAUGAAACAUCUCAAGAACAAUUUCAUCAUCGUAAUCCCGGGUGUUCGAUAACGGUAACUUUAUCUCCAACCAUUCCAUCUCCACCAAUUCAAUCUCCACCUCCGAUUCCAACCUCUCCAAUUAUCGAAUAUUUCCCAGCCGAUGAUAUCACGCCGCCUCCGAUAGUUGAAAGAAGAAAAUCAAUUCAACGCCAAGAAGCGUUUUUCGGAGAUCCAACCGGAAAUUCUUUAGAAAAUGUCGAGAAUUUAUCGGAGGCUGCCUCGGAUGGAACUUCCGAGGGUGCUUUAUCCGAAGGUGAUCACGUGACCAUUCCCGGUUUGGUUGUUAGAGAUAUUUACCUUCAAGUUCCCGAUUUAAAAAGGGACCGAGCCGCUUCCGUCGAUUCGUGCUUUUCGAAAGUUUCGCAACAAAAAACUGAAGAGUUACAACAUUCCGGAGUUAGUUUGGAAGUUCCAGUUGGACCAAAUGUCGCGUUAAGAUCAAGAAGUGUCGAUAUUGUAUUGCCUACAAAUGAACAAGCUAGGUACAAAGCUUUGGCGAUGGCUGCGCCACCUCCAAAUACUUCAGGACCGUACCCAAAAGGAAAGAGCCAUACUGAAGGUGGGGAAAGGAUUCUUAGAUCAACACCCGAUUGGGGGGACCAGGCUAUUAAUGGGGACCACCUCUGGAUACCAACUUCGGUUUCUGGAGAUUUUUGUUAUGCCGGGGAUACAGAUUGUACCAAACACGGACCCAGACUGAAAUGUUCUGCUUGCAAUGUAAUCGCCCACCAGGGAUGCAUCAACAUUCUCGUCGAUCGCGUGAAAUUUACAUGUAAACCUACUUUUCGAGAUGUUGGGGUCCGUCAAUACCGAGAACAAACCUGUAUACAUCAUCACUGGGUACAUAGAAGAUCGGAAAAAGGGAAAUGUAGGCAGUGUGGAAAGUCAUUCCAAUCGAAAUUAUCGUUCAGUAGCAAAGAAAUCGUCGCGUUGAGUUGUUCGUGGUGUAAAGUAGCUUAUCAUAAUAAAGAGAGCUGCUUCAACAUACAAAGAAUCGGGGAAGAAUGUAAAUUGGGCGUACACAACAGUAUUAUAGUUCCACCAUCGUGGAUCAUUAAAUUACCGAAAAAAGGUAGUUUUAAAUCCAGUUUAAGGAAAAGUCCGAAAAAGAGGACGUCAACUAAAAAGAAAUCAAAAGAAAAAGAAAAGGACCAAAAAACAUUUGUGAUAAAACCAAUCCCAACAACAACGGUAACACCAGUCAUAGUUUUUAUAAAUCCAAAAUCGGGAGGUAAUCAAGGUGUAAAACUUCUUCAAAAAUUCCAAUGGCUGCUAAAUCCACGACAAGUUUUUGAUUUAACUCAAGGUGGUCCGAAAGCGGGUGUAGAACUCUUUAAAAAAGUACCAAAUUUGCGAAUAUUAGCAUGCGGCGGUGAUGGAACCGUCGGUUGGAUCUUGAGCGUGUUCGAUCAAAUCGGAAUCUCACCACCACCGGCAGUCGGGGUUUUACCGCUAGGAACCGGAAACGAUUUAGCUCGAGCUUUGGGUUGGGGCGGUGGCUACACAGACGAACCCAUCUCGAAGAUUUUAAGCAAUAUUAGCGCAUCCGAAACGGUUUCGUUGGAUCGAUGGUCGCUCGAAGUUCAAAAGAACCCAAAUUGCGAUGCGAAUGAGGGUGGAAAAGAAAAUUUACCGUUAAACGUUGUUAAUAAUUAUUAUUCGUUGGGAGUCGAUGCUCACAUCGCUUUGGAAUUUCACGAAGCUAGAGAGGCUCACCCAGAAAAAUUUAAUUCCCGAUUAAGGAAUAAAAUGUUUUACGGACAAAUGGGCGGGAAAGAUUUAUUAAAAAGGAAAUGGAAAGGUUUAGCGGAAUUUGUUACAUUAGAAUGUGAUGGAAAGGAUUUAACCCCAAAAUUGAAGGAAUUAAAAGUUCACGCUAUCGUUUUUUUAAACAUUCCAAGUUAUGGUGGUGGUACACACCCUUGGAAUCGAUCCAUGGGAGCUUCAGAACCUAGCACCGAAGACGGAUUAAUUGAAGUCGUCGGAUUAACCACUUACCAACUUCCACUUUUACAAGCUGGCGGUCAUGGUACGUGCAUAACGCAAUGCCGUACUGCGAAAAUUAUCACCUCAAAAACGAUCCCGAUGCAAGUUGAUGGCGAAGCGUGCAAAUUAAACCCGUCAAUAAUAACGUUAUCGCUCCUAAACAAAGCGACCAUGUUGGCGAAACGAAAAGGAACGAAAACCGCCUCAGGGCCUUGUGUUCCUCUUGAUAACGUUCACGUAACUUUACACCGAAUUUUAAUGUCGGAUUACGAACAACAUCAUUAUGAUAAGGAAUUGUUAACGCAAGCUGCAAUGACGAUUGGAUCAUUAGAAGUCGAUCCAUCAUCCGAUUUAGAACAAGUCAGGAAUCAAAUUAAUAAAUUUUUAGAAGAUCAACCAUGUCCGAUUGCUGAUUGGUGUUUCGUCGAUUCUUGUACAGCUGAACGUUUCUUUCGGAUCGAUCGCGCUCAAGAAAAUAUUCAUUUUAUUUCGGAUAUAGCUUAUGAUAAUCUAUAUAUUUUGGAAUGUACAACGGUUUCAGUACCACAAACACCAGAAGAUGAAACGGCGGUUCCUUCGCCAGCUCAUUGCGGUGUUAUACCGGAAAUGAGAAUAAGUGACGAGGGAAGUUUGGAUUCGCCGAGCGAUCAACCACCUUUAUCUCCAAAGAUACAAUCACCAGAAGAGAAUAAGGAUGAAGAAGGAAAAGAUGAUGGAAAUGAAGAUGGUGGGAAUGUGGAAAAAAACGGAAACGUUUCGGAUCAAACGCUUAAGCUUAGAAGCAUUGAUGAGAGACUUUUUGGGUUUUCUCAGGAUUCUUAUAACGCCUUUAGUUUAAGGGAAAAACACACCGAAUUGAUGAUCAAGGCUGCCAAAGUUGGUGAAUUAAAAACCUUGAAAGAUUUAUCAACUCAAGGUUAUUCGUUAUUAACGAAAGAUUCAACGGGACAAACCGUUCUUCAUUACGCAGCUCGUUACGGCCAUAAAGAAAUCGUGAAAUACGUUUUGGAAACGGCGCCAUCUACAAUUUUGGACGUUAAAGAUUUAACGACCGGACAAACGGCUCUACAUAAAGCCGCGGCGUAUAGAUGGCGCACGAUUUGUUGUAUGUUGGUGGCCGCGGGCGCUGGUUUAAAUAUUCCUGACAAUCGGGGUUUAUCUCCGAGACUUUUAGCUCUUCAAGCGGAUGAUCACGAACUUGCAAACUACCUCGAAAGUCAAGAACGAUUUCAAAUAGUUGAAUUUGAAACUGUGGUGUAGAAAAUGCAAUAAAAGAAAUCUUUUAACUUUUAAAAACAACUCGAAAAUAUUAAAAUAAAAAAAAAAUAUAUAGAAAAGAAAAAACUAUAAAGUCUUAAAUGCCUUAUAAAUAACUCUUAAGUAGAGAUUUUAAUUAAAUUAAAGAAAAAAAAACUUCUAAGAAGGACCCACUAUUGUGAUAUUAAAUGGCUCGAGUUGUAUUUAACCUAAAAAAAGUAAGAUUGAGGUGUUUUUAGAUCACAUGCAAUAAAAGAAGAAGAUAAAAAAGCUUUGAUUUCUUUCCGUGGUAGUUUUAAUCGACCACUUUUUAACAUAUCAUUCAACAUUCCUUUUUAAACGACUAAAAGUUGUAAAUAAUCGAUUCUUAUGAAAAGUAUAAUUAAUUUCGACCUCAACUUCUUGAAUUUUAUGUAAAAGAAAUCUGCAACGAAUUCCAUUUAUAUAUUAAAAGAAAAUUUAAAAAUAAUUCCUCAAAAAGACAAUCCUUAAUACCGUACUCGUAGUAUUAAUUAAAAUUAAUAAUCACUUUAAUAACAAAUGUAUUUCACUGCAUUAAGCAAAUAGGAUUUGAAAAAAAACAUUAAUUAACCUAAAAAAUUUAAAAAAAAAUGUGUACAGUCUUAAAUAUGUAAAUAU